GCAAGGUAAAAAUUGUAUAGGCAGUAGACUUUAAUGAUAAUAUUUUCUCUCUUUUCUUAUGCUGGUAUUUACGCUGGAUGCCAUGACUUAAUUAUCACUCCCUACCAGCAAGUAUUGCAAUCAAGCCAUGCAUAUCAAGUAAAAUCAAAUUUAACAUAUACAGUACUUCCAUGUAUAUAAAUGUAAGUAUUGUAGUUCAUAACUGCUACUGUAUUUCAAAUCAGUUGUGACAUAUUUCACCUCUUCAGCCAGUAUACGCAAUUUUGUAUUGUUAUACAGUUUCAGGCAUGCGCACUCACCCCAGGAUGUGUUGCAUAUCUGCUUAGUCCAGUCAAACCCACAUUGUCUCCUCUGAUUGGCCAGAGCCAUUCGUCUGUACCGUUGUUUUACUGCCCACCCGGUGUCACCAUCCAGGUCCAAAGAUCACUUUUUUGUUUACCCAAGCGGUUAGCAGGGAGGCUCACCCAGAAACCCCGUUCUUCCUUUUCGAACCUGAAACCUCAACUGGUAGCUUGUCUCACACCACCUGCUCCAUCCUGUGUGUCUUUCAUCCGGUUGUGGGGUUCAACAGAACCGCCUGGUUUUCUACACUGUUCCAGAAACUGAAGUGUUUAAGUCCAAACUGAGUGCAGACAAGGACCAGCCUUUGUUCGAGACUGAGUCCAGAUAAGUUUUUCUUUCUUUCGGCCAUGUUUCUGUAAAUGUGGAAGACCCUAAAGGACACCAGUCUUAUUAUUGUUUAAGUUGUACAAUAUGAAGAAACAGAGAUAAAAUGGGAUCAGUGGUGUCCUACUUUGAUCAGCUGUGUGGGCAGCAGCAAAAGAAAGAGGAGGAGAGAUGCUUACGAGCCAAUGACAGACCUUUCAACCUGUCCUACCACUAUGCUAAUAAUGCCAUUAAGACCUCCAAAUACAACAUCUUCACCUUCCUGCCACUCAACCUUUUCGAGCAGUUUAGGAGGCUCGCCAACAGCUACUUCCUCUUCCUCUUUAUACUUCAAGUGAAACUUCAGCCCAGUCUGAGGUUCUGGGCACUCUGGAGAAGGUUUUCAUCCAGGAUAUCCCUGUACUUGGCCGCAUUCAUCUUUCCUUCAACUGGAACCAGUCGUCCUGUCCCUGCAGCUGAAAAACACCCCCACAGCAUGAUGCUGCCACCACCAUGCUUCACUGUUGGAACUGUUGGACAGCUCAUCCCACAAAUUGCCUCACUCUCCUGGUUCACCACAGCCGUCCCUCUCGUUUUGGUGCUCUCUAUAACAGCGGUCAAAGAUGCCACCGAUGACAUUAACAGGCACAAAAGUGACAAACAAGUGAACAACCGCAAAGUCAGCGUCCUCAUCGAUGGAGAACUUCAAAAUGAAAAAUGGAUGAAUGUUCAGGUUGGAGAUGUCAUUAAACUGGAGAAUAACCAGUUUGUUACAGCAGACCUUCUUUUGCUCUCGAGCAGUGAGCCUUUAAAUCUGGUGUAUGUGGAAACAGCAGAACUAGAUGGUGAAACCAAUCUGAAGGUGAAACAGGCACUGACUGUCACUGGAGAGAUGGGGGACAGCAUUGAAGCACUGGCCAGCUUCAAUGGCAAAGUCAGAUGCGAACCCCCAAACAACCGCCUGGACAAAUUUAAUGGGACACUCACAGUAGAUGGUCAUACGUACUCUUUGGAUAAUGACAAAGUUCUUCUUCGUGGAUGCACUUUGAGAAACACUGAGUGGUGCUUUGGACUGGUUAUCUUUGGAGGUCCGGACACAAAGUUGAUGCAGAACAGCGGAAAGACAACGUUCAAACGCACAAGCGUUGAUCACCUCAUGAAUGUCUUGGUGCUUUGUAUCUUUGGCUUCCUGGCGUCCAUGUGCGCCGUUCUUACCAUUGGCAAUGCAGUCUGGGAGAUGAAGGAAGGCUCGGGGUUCACUGUGUUCCUCCCUCGGGAACCCGGUGUCGAUGCUCCUCUCUCAUCAUUCCUCGCCUUCUGGUCUUACGUCAUCGUCCUCAACACGGUGGUGCCUAUAUCUCUCUACGUCAGUGUGGAGAUCAUCCGUCUUGGAAAUAGUUUCUACAUUGACUGGGAUAGGAAAAUGUAUUACCCGAAGAAGGAUACUCCUGCUCAGGCGAGGACCACCACUCUGAAUGAGGAGCUGGGUCAGAUCAAAUAUAUUUUCAGUGACAAGACAGGCACCCUGACGCAAAACAUCAUGGCGUUCAAUAAGUGUUCGAUCAAUGGCAAAAAUUAUGGCGAACUGUUAGACUAUUCAGGACAAAGGAUGGAAAUAACAGAGAAGACACCAAGGGUCGACUUCUCGUGGAACCAGCUGGCCGAUCCGAAGUUCAUUUUCCAUGACCACAGUUUGGCGGAAACUGUCAGGGAGGGAAACUUGGAGGCUCAGGCCUUCUUCCGUUUGUUGGCCCUGUGCCACACUGUGAUGCCUGAGGAAAAGAAAGAGGGGGAGCUUUACUACCAGGCUCAGUCCCCUGAUGAAGGUGCUCUGGUGACUGCUGCUAGAAACUUCGGAUUUGUGUUCCGUUCACGCACACCAGAGACCAUCACAGUCGUGGAGAUGGGCGAACAAGUCAUCUAUGAACUUUUGGCUGUUUUAGACUUCAAUAAUGUGCGCAAAAGGAUGUCUGUCAUAGUUCGUAACCCUGAGGGGAAGUUGACUCUAUACUGCAAAGGAGCAGACACCAUCAUCUAUGAGAGGCUUCAUUCCUCCUGUAACAAACUAAUGGGGGUCACCACCGGACAUCUCAACGAGUAUGCAGGCGAGGGUCUCCGCACAUUGGUUCUAGCUAACAGGCAUUUGGAUGAGCACUAUAUUAAGGAGUGGAUGCAGCGUCACCAUGAGGCCAGCACCGCCAUUGAUGGAAGAGAGGAGAAACUUGAUGGAUUGUAUGAAGAGAUUGAAAAAGACUUGUUGCUUCUGGGAGCAACGGCUGUUGAAGACAAGUUGCAGGAUGGUGUCCCACAGACAAUAGAACAGCUGGUUAGAGCUGGCAUAAAUAUCUGGGUGUUGACCGGAGAUAAACAGGAGACGGCUGAGAAUAUCGGGUAUUCCUGCAACAUGUUGCGAGAGGAGAUGAAGGAUGUGUUCAUCGUGUCAGCAAAUUCAGAGGAAGGAGUGAAAGAGGAGCUAGUGGGUGCAAGAAGGAAAAUGUGUCCAACAGCAGCAGAGGCACCAACUGUCUUCAAAGCUCGUGCAGGCUUCUUCUGGCUUCAGAAGACAGAAACUGUUCAUGAUGACAAAGUGAAUGGAGAAUAUGCCCUUGUUAUCAAUGGACACAGUCUGGCCUUUGCCUUGGAGAAAGAUUUGGAGUUGGAACUGUUGAGGACAGCAUGUAUGUGCCAAACUGUGAUUUGCUGUAGGGUCACUCCACUACAGAAAGCCCAGGUUGUUGAACUGAUUAAGAAAUACAAACAGGCGGUCACUCUGGCCAUUGGGGAUGGCGCCAAUGAUGUCAGCAUGAUCAAGGCUGCACAUAUCGGUGUUGGUAUCAGUGGUCAGGAGGGCAUGCAGGCUGUUCUGUCCAGCGACUUCUCCUUUGCCCAGUUCCGCUAUCUGCAGCGUCUCCUGCUGGUGCACGGGCGCUGGUCCUAUCUGCGCAUGUGCAAGUUUCUACAGUAUUUCUUUUACAAGAAUUUUACCUUCACCUUCGUGCAUUUCUGGUAUGCCUUCUUCUGUGGGUUUUCAGCACAGACCGUAUAUGAUGAGUGGUUCAUCACCAUGUACAACCUAGUGUACACAGCUCUCCCUGUCCUAGGCAUGAGUCUUUUUGACCAGGAUGUAAAUGAUCGCUGGAGUUUCCAGUAUCCUAAGCUCUACUCACCGGGGCCUCUGAAUGUUUACUUUAAUAAGAAGCUGUUUGUCCGCUGCAUGAUCCACAGUUGCUACAGCUCCCUCAUCCUCUUCUUCAUCCCAUGGGCGGCUAUGCACGACACAGUCCGAGAUGACGGAAAAGACAUUGCGGAUUAUCAGUCCUUUGCUUUACUGGCACAAACGUGUUUGCUUAUUGUGGUCAACAUCCAGCUGUGUCUUGACACCCAUUACUGGACAGCUGUGAACCAGUUCUUCGUGUGGGGAAGCCUUGCAGUCUACUUUGCUACCACGUUUACCAUGUACAGCAACGGCAUGUUCCUCAUCUUCACCUCCACAUUCCCAUUCAUUGGUACAGCGAGGAACUCGCUGAACCAGCCUAAUGUAUGGCUGAUUAUACUCUUAACAACACUCCUCUGUAGUCUGCCAGUGGUGGCUUUCCGUUUCAUUGUCAUUCAGCUUCAUCCCACAGUCAAUGACAAGGUGAGACAAAAGGUACGUAAGGAGGCCCUGCCAGCUCCAGCUCCUCGUCGUCCACCGGUCAGGCGAAUCAGCACCAGGCGAUCGGGCUACGCUUUCUCUCACGCUCAAGGUUACGGCGACCUGGUGACAUCCCGAAGAUUCCUGCUGAAGCGUCCUCUAAAGAGUCGGCCCACUUUGUUCCAACAAACAGACUCUCCUCUGGCACAGGACCAGCCACAACACUAUCGCAACAUCACGGAGGAGCCGGAGCAGCCAGUGCACUACUAGUUCAAAAGUACAAACUCAAUAAGGUUUCAUUGCAGGGUUCAUGAUCAAGAGGAAGAUUGCUGCAUGAAUGGGCUCUUAAACAAACUGUUAUACAGUAUAUACAUGUAUACUGUACGUAUACAUAUACUAAUGCUGUUCCUACUUAAAUAAUUUAAGUGUAAAAAGGGGGAGCAUGGGAUUUUUGUUUUUCCUUAAAAGGAAAGCCUGGUUGGCUUGAAGUCUAAAUUCAGGUUUCGUUGGUGUUGAAUUACUUUUGCUGGUUAUCAAGUUUUGAAACUGACUAAAUUAUGUCACAAAUCUUAAUAAACUGAAAAGAAAUGUUACAACUCCUCAAUCAUUAUGAAUCCAUAUUAAUUUUACUGACUACUUUAUUAGGUACACCUGCCCAAUCUGUUGUAAAUAAAAAUGCAAAAUCUUUCUAAAAUAUAAACCAUUUGCCAAGAUAAUUUUGACAAACAUCUUCAGAAAAUGUAUUAUUUAAACUAUAUCUUUAUCAGGCAGCAUGGUGCAGAUGUGGUAAGCACAUCUGCCUCUCAGCUAAGAGGUCAUGGGUUUGAAUCUCGGACCAAUGUGAUGUUUGCGUGUUCUUACCAUGGUUGUUGGGGUUUUAUCCAGAUGCUUCAGCUUCCGCCCACAUUCCAAAAACAUGCAAAUUAGGUUAAUUAAAGAGUCUAAAUUGUCCAUACGUGAGAAUAUGAGUGUGAAUGGUUGUCUGUUUUAUAUCUGCCCUGUGAUUGGCUGGCGACUAGACCAGGGUGUAACCCUCCUCUCGCACAAAGUUAACUGGGAUAGGCUCCAGCAAACUAAAUCAAAUUAAUGAAUGGAUGACUCAUUUUCAUUUUGGAUGCAGAUUUUUUUCAUUGAAUCACAAUAAAGUUUACAUGUGUAUCUAAUGUUGUAGCAAUUGGACAACAGCUGCAUGGAUAAAUCAAGAGAAUUUAAGCCGCUGAGGUGAACUAUUAGCUGAGUAGCUUACUCUGAGGUUUGGGAAACUGAAGUAAUUUAAUUGUCUCAGUCAAAUACAUAUUGCAAUGUACAUUUCAUAUUAUUUUCACAUAUCAUGUGUUCUGUGGUUUAUAGUUCAUUUUGACUAACUAGGGUAUGAAUUAAAAUUUCGCAUCAAUUUGAUUAUUAAUUUUGUUUUUUUAUGUAUUGAAUUGCAAGUGGUAGAAGAUGGAUGGAUGAAUUGCCAUUCUCCCAGGUGUAAUUUAAAAUGCAUUUGCAAGUUAUCUGUUUUUUUUCUUCUAUUGUAUUAGAUUUGUUGUUUACAUGAUUAUUAUUUACAAGAUUGUUUAACAUGUAUUGUUGUUAUUCUGCAUUAUUGUAAUGCCAUGAUUUGUUCAUUCAUUUGACAUUGGUCCAACUUGUUUACCAGUUGCAGUGCUACAAAAGUACCAUCGAGGGACAGUGUUGUAUUUUAAACUGCAAAUUUACUUUCUCAGUGCCAUAGUUAAAUUGGUACGGAUUAAAGGAACAAUGCAUCUGUGGCCAUCAUUUUACUCUAACAUACUGACUUGUAUCUAAUCUAUGGAUGGAUUACUUUGUAUUGACACAACCAUGUUUCAGAAUGAUCAUCAGUAACUUAGAUGGAAAAGCAAAGUGAGCUCAGCUUUUAAGCAUUAAAGCUCAUUCACUGCCAUUGACGGCUGUUGAAUUCAAAUAUCCAUGUCAACAUUGAGGACUAGCAGUGAAUUAAAAAUGAAUACCAAGUUGAAAAUUAAGUUUUCAGAAGAGUCAAAUUUUAAAAAGGUUUACUGAUUGUUCCUGCAAUUGACUAAUUGGUGAAAAGAAAU